AUGUCUCUCGUCAAAUCUACCGCCCUGGUUGGGGUUCUCGGUCUUGUUUCCAGAGUGUCGGCUCACGGCAUCGUGUCCGGCAUUGUCGCUGGCGGCAAAUGGUACUCUGGCUACAACCCAAGCUUCCAAUAUCAGAACCCACCACCCGUCGUCGCCGGGUGGUCCAUCCCCGAGGACAAUGACUAUGGCUUCGUCAGCGACUACACCUCCCCCGACAUCAUCUGCCACAAGGGCGCCACGCCGGGCGGCGUUUACGUGAGCGUGGCGGCCGGCGAGUCCUUGGAACUUCAAUGGAGCGAAUGGCCCGAGUCCCAUCGAGGUCCCAUGAUCGACUAUCUCGCUUCCUGUGGCGACGGUGACUGCACCUCGGUCGACAAGACCCAACUCAAGUUCAACAAGAUCGACGAGGCCGGUCUCGUGGACGGUUCCAACCCUCCCGGCACGUGGGCCUCCGACGACAUGAUCGCCAACAACAACUCUUGGGUCGUCACCGUCCCUUCCACCAUCGCACCGGGCAAGUACGUCCUCCGUCACGAGACCAUCGCCCUGCACUCGGCCUUUGACGUCGGCGGUGCCCAAAAUUACCCCCAGUGCAUCAACCUAGAGAUCACCGGGUCCGGCUCGACCUCUCUGACCGGGGGUACCGUGGGCACGGAACUCUACGACGCCCAAGAUCCUGGCAUCCUGAUCAACAUCUACGAGGCCCCCAUCAAGUCUUACGUCGUCCCUGGACCUCCUCUGUUCGACGGCUCUUCUUCGCCUGGUGGCGGCGGUGGAUCUGGAUCCCAGCAGAAGCCCUCGGGAUCGUUGUCUGUGUCUUCGUCUGCGACAGCAAAUGGCUCUUCAUUCGCCCCCGCCGCCUCUUCCACAGGCUUCGCCAUCACCAACUUCCCAUCCAGACCGGUGGCGAUCGUCACCUCUACCUCUUCCGCUGCCCCCGUCGAACCCACCGAGACUGGCGCCGAGGAGUGUCCUGCCGAGACCGCCCCCGUCGCCAUCUUACCCGUGACUUCGUUCACGAGCAACGUCGCCGCGGCCAUCACUCUCGCUCCGGAAUCGUCCACGACCCCGGUAGCUACAGGCACCAGUCCCGCCUCCUUCACGAGCACCGUCAUCGGUCGGACAGGCCAGACUACGAAGUUUGUAUGCCAUGUCGUUGACUAG